AUUUAUAAUUUUUGACUACAAAUUUUUAGCCUCUUAUUGCGCAGUAUUUGGCAAUAGAUUAAAUAAAAUGAGUUGAAUCGAAUAAAGACAAGAAAUAUGGCAACAAAAUUGAAUGUCAUAAGAAAAUUACUCUUCUCGUGUCAGAAGACGUUAUUUUCUAAAAUCAUCAAAAAUGCUGGACGACCUCAAUUCAUUCAAAAAUCAAGAUUGAUAAAGCAGCAAACCCCUCUAACUAAAAGACCUUGGUUAGAAUUUUCGAACCGCCAAUCGCAGUUAUCAAAACUAACUAAAAUUGGCAAUGCCCCAGGUUUGUUACUGGGGUUUGGACUCGUCUACCUUCAAAACAAUGAUCUUGAGCAUGAAAAUUUCAUUGGUUCUCUUCACAAUAAAUUUUUCAUAAGGGAAGCAGUUGAUAAUUUUCUAAAUCAUCAAUCCGAAGAUGAAGCCGAGCUUUCAGAACAAUCAAUGAGUAGCGUCGAAUGCAAAAGUACAACUUCCUUCCAGUCGGAAGAUAACAAAGAGAAUAGUGACGAAAUGCAGAAAUUUUUCAAGGACUCUUCAUUCCUGGAAGAAGUAACGAAAGAGAAUGUUUCGAAAACAGAUAAUGAGAAACAAUCAGGAAGCGAAAAUGACUGGAGUCUCCUCGACGACAUAGUUAAUAGUUUAUGUGAAGAGACUCAAUCACUACUUACAGACGUUCGCAGAGAUUACGAAGUUGUUUCUCAUGUUUCUUCGGCACAGCAAGAAACUAAUAAAAAUGAUAAAGGAGACAACUCCCUCAUCAAUUCGAAUUUUCGUCAAAUUCAAUCUUUCAAUUUGAGUAGCGAUAUGUGCCACGAUACUAUUUCGUUUAAACCUAUGGAAGAAGAAUUUUGGUCAUUGCUGAAUUAUUUUCUUGAAAAUGAUCCUGAUUUCAUACUAAAAGAUCAGGGUUUGUAA